AUGUCUGGAGAUAACACCAACAAUGCUGCAGAUAAUGCUGCAGAUAAUGAACUUGCUACAACUAUGGGAUUUGCCAAAUUUGCCAGCAAAGCUACCCAGUACAGAGGCCAACAUGGACGCCGUUGGAAUGGCUCCCUUGGAAGGCGCCCUGAGUCGUGGAACAAGCCAGAGAGCCAUGUCUCCUCUGGUAUGCCAGGACGCUCUGUAGCAGUCCCUUCUGUCGCUCCCACCCCUGAACUGCCGCCCCCUCCAAUGUCGAAGCCAUUUGCCUCGACUCUAGCUACUAGAGAGAGGGAUAGAUAUGCUGCAGCUCCAGACUCUGCUGGCGGUGACCCCAAGCAUAAACCCCGUAAGAACAAGGCCAGAAAGGAAAGAACGGAAGCGCACAAGGCAAAAACCCCUGUCCCUGGAGUCCCAGGAGGACUCAAUGAUACAACCAACCGUCGUCCCCAACGAGGCAAUAUGCCUGGAGGUCAGUACCCCGUGAUGAGAAGACAUGAGGGAGAAGAAGGUGGGGUCACUAUCAAUCCAAGAGACAACCAAAAGGCUCAGAAGGCUAUCAACAUUCCUAAUGAAACCAAGGUUUCAGCUAUCACUCCAAACAAGAUUGCAGGACAGCCACUUGAUAUGGAGGGCCUAGGAGCUUUACUUUUCCCAAAAGAUCAAGAUAGUGUAGCCAAAGCCGGCACAGACAAGAAAUCGGAUAUCGAUAACUCCCAAAAUAAUGAAGUUGUUCCACAAAAAGAGGCAGAGGUUACCUCCAAGUCCGAUACUCGUGAAGUUAAGAAGGAAGAGCCAGAAGCAGCUCCUCCCCUCAACAAAUGGAGUCCUAUCUUCCCCGUAGGUGGACCAAGACCAAUUCCCAAGCCAUUGGAUGACGGUUCCAACGAGGCCUCUAAACGCACCAACUAUAUUGAUGAACAAGGAAACUACCAUGCUCCGAACGGCACAAUUAUGACCCGUGAGCUUCUGAAUAUGUUCGCCAACGGAAAACUUCGCAACUCUCUUGGUGAUAGAGUCUACUUCAUGCCGUCGUUUCUCGAUGACAUUCCACCCAAGAGUCAGAAGCCCGUGAAGUUGGCGCCUACGCCAUAUCGCAUCUUCUAUGAUCCAAAAGAACUUGAGAAAGCGCAGUGCUAG